GAAAAAGAAGACGCUAAAUAACAGAUGCCGCACUCAUUUAAUGUUGUUGAAAACGUUAAGAUCACCGAGAGACUAGUUAAUUAUUUUAAAUGGCAUCAACGACGCUUCAAAACAAUAACUCACUACAAGGGAACCAGAAAGAGGAAGGAGACAAUGCUGCUGGGGGCACACUGGCCAAAACUGAAAAAAACAGAUUGGAGUCUUGUUUUGAUGAACCGAAGGAUUCAAGUAAAGUCCAUGAAGUUAUCAACUACGCCUCCUCUUUGCUUCCAGCCAAUGAUUAUGAUGCUGAAACCACUGAACCAAUCAGUUGUGGCCUUCAGACCUUGGAGGAGCUGUUGUCAUGGCAACGAAGCAAGGCCAGCCCCUUUAAUGUGGCAACGAUCCCGCUUGCCAAUCGAGAGCCCACUCUUGCCAUUUGUCUACGGCGGACCCUGGUAUCACACGACAUGAUGGGUGGUUACCUUGACGACAGGUUUGCUCAGGGUACAGAGUCACAGGCUCCCUAUUCCUUCUACCACUGGCAGUUCAUUGACAUUUUCAACUACUUCUCGCACAACAUGGUGACCAUUCCUCCUGCAGUUUGGACUAAUGCUGCACACAAACAUGGAGUCAUCGUUCUUGGGACCUUCAUCACUGAGUGGACAGAAGGGGCCACAGCGUGUGAGGCCUUCCUGAAAGGGGAAGAAUCUUACCGGAUUGUGGCUGAUAAACUGGUCCAGAUCAGCCACUGUUACUGCUUUGAUGGCUGGCUUAUUAACAUUGAAAAUACCCUCAGCGAGGUUGCAGUGAUGAACACACCUCUGUUCCUACGCUAUCUGACAGAGCAGAUGCAUGAGCGGGUCCCUGGGAGCAUGGUGCUGUGGUAUGACAGCGUGCUGGAGAACGGACAGCUCGAAUGGCAGAAUGAACUGAACCAGGCCAACAGGGUGUUUUUUGAUGCCUGUGAUGGUUUCUUCACUAACUACAACUGGACAGAGCAGAGCCUGGAGAGGAUGAGAGCCUACAGUGGCACCAAAGAUCGUCAGGCUGACAUCUAUGUUGGCGUGGAUGUUUUUGCCCGGGGGGAGGUAGUGGGAGGCAUGUUCAACACAAAUAAGGCAUUGGAACUUAUUCGGAAACACAACUUCUCUGUGGCCAUCUUUGCUCCAGGCUGGGUGUAUGAAAGCCAACGUGAUAAGACACAUUUUCGCAAGGAUCAGGAUAAGUUCUGGGCUUUGCUGUCUGACUUUCUGUAUGUGCACCGGCUCACUUCACCUCUUCCCUUCAUCUCCUCCUUCUGCCAAGGCUUUGGAAAAGUGUUCUACUGGAGAGGACAGCAGGAGGCAAAGAAGAGUUGGUUCAAUCUGAGUGCCCAGGAGCUCCAGCCCGUUUACUGCACCAAGCAGUUGGAGGGCCAGGGCUGGCUAAGUAGUUACGGUUGCCCCGAUGAUGCGUGGAAUGGGGGCUGCUCACUACUCUUGGAGGGGAUGAUCCCUGCCACACUCAACAAAGUCUGUGCCAGGAUCUUUUCCAUCCAUGUUCCCCUGGCUUCCAAAACUCUGGUGUCUCUCAUCUACAAAGCAUCUACAGGGAUCACUGUGUCUUUGGAGCUGAAGACCACAGAUGCUAAUCUCUGCACACACAAGGAAGUUCAGGACUUUCCCUCUACCAGCAUCUCCCCUUUGGUCCUCAGUGAAAACAACCAUUUGAUGAGACAGUUUUUCCAAAUUUGUGGCCCAUGGAAUCUCAAUGAAUGGACUAUCAGAUGUUUCCAGUUGGAGUUACAUGGAUGUGCUCUAAGGGAAGUGUGUGUCAACAUUCAGCGGGAGGGACAACUGCAGGAUACACCUUUUAACUGCAGAAUUGGAGAAAUCAUGUUCCUGGAUGCAGCCAGUCUCCAGGUGCCUCCUGAGAAGGUUGAAAGUGUGUGCAUUUAUGAUGUGGUGUGGCGUCGCAGUGUCAAUGCUUCUCCGGGUUCCUCAUCUCCAAGCCUCUACCUCAGUGCUACUCUGCGCUGGCGAUACCCGACCCAGCUGGUGCGCUAUUUCAGGCUGUACUGUCAGGUGCUGAGGGGACCGGACCCGCAGAUGCUCCCAAGCCAGAUGGUGCUGUUGGGCCGGGCUUACUCUACUCUGUUCCGGGUGACAGAGCUUGUGGUACCUGAGCCCCCAGGCCUGGUGCAGCUGGUGGUGCAGCCGGUGGUCAGGGAGGGAUUUUUAGUCCCAGAGAGCCACUGGGGAAGGCAUAACCUCAACUACACAGAGGAUCAUGGUGUGGCCACAUAAAAAACUUAAACAAGUGUUAGCAGGCUAUGUCUGCUUAUGAUAAAAGCAGAGCAGGAACCAAGCCCUUUACAGCAUUAAGCAAGCUUUUUGGCAAUUAGGAUUUGCUGGGGCAGAUAUGUGUAUUUAUUUGCAAGGUGGUUAAAACAAAGGAACCAGAGCCUGCUUACAUAAGAAAGAAAAACCCUAAUUUGAUCAAAUAUAUUUAAAUCAUUAUCUAAACAAGCUGAGUUAGAAAUAAGAAAACUCUGUCCUCGGAGAGGCUCACAAUACAGGCAGGUUAGCAUUGUUAAUGUACUUUUGUUGUAUGAAAUUCAAGUUGUUCAUCACCUGCAGAUAUCAUGGUGCAGUUAAGCUUCAAAGCAGGGCAGGAUUUGAAAUUUUACAUUUAAUAGAGCCAUUAACAUCUAAUCAAGUCAUUGUUUAAAUGAUUAGUGUGCUGUCAAAUUUAUAGAUAUUUUGUUGGUUUUCUUUUAGUCAAAUAGUUUGGUAGUUUUGUCAAAUAAUUUUGCUUUUGUCGAUUAAUGCAAAAACUUGCGUUUCAUACAAAACCAGCUAAGAAACUCAGUUUUUCUGUCCCAUUCUGGACAUGAAGCUUUGCUAUGUGAACCCACAAUACCUAGAAUUCACUGCAGAGGUUUGAUUGGUCAGCAGAUCACAAGGUCAAAACCUACCAUGAGUGGGGUUGCAGUCUGCUGCACAUCCCACUAUUUUUUUUUUCAGACUCUGCUGUGCUAAAAUAGGUGUAGCAGGCUAACACGACCAUAGUUUUUAUUUAGAGUAAAUAAUCAUGAGUUGUAUGAACAGCACCACCAAGCACUUAGUGUUAAACCUAGAAUUUUUACAUAUAAAUAUAAUUACAAUGAAUAAAGUGAAUUCC